AUGUCGCACAGUGCGAAGAACCUCGCAUAUGAUGCGAAGGAGCCUGCGUUCCUACAGCGACUGAGAGGCCAAUACGGAGGCUCCUCCGGCGGCUUAGAGCGUCCAGUGUCUCAACGCCCUCGCCGACUACGAGACGAUACUGACGAAGAUGCCCCUACAUACGUUGAUGCGGAAAGCAAUGAGGUGGUAUCAAAGGAGGAAUACGAGGCCAUGGUGAAGGGCGAAGAUGAUAAGUCAGGGGGAAAUGGGGGGAAGGACGACGAUAAAUCGGCCGAGGCUACCACAGGGGACGGUGUAUCAGACACGGAAAAGGCGGCCGCAACAUCAAAGCAGAACCUGGCGGAGAUAGGAGGACCUCGGAAGCGAAAGCAAGCGAAGGUUGUCCCGGGUGAAGUCCAAGAAGGAGAAAGCGAGGAUACACGGCCAAAGGAUACAGGGCCGCGAAAAUCAGCGCAGGAGAAAAAGAAGAAGAAGAAAAUAAAGCUCUCCUUUGAGGAGUGA